CUGAAAAUCAAAGCAAACUUGUCAGUUGCUAAAAUGACUAUAAAAUCAACCUUAUGUUGUAGAACAUGCACACAUUUCUGUAGCAAUACUACUUUGUCUACUACUGACAAAAUAGCUUUUCAUGAGUCUUGAUUAAAAUGGUUCAAAUUACAUUACUGAAUUCUCAGUUCUCAAACUUGAAUUGUGACAAAAAAUACAGUUCUUUAAGUUCUGUCCUCCAUGUUAAUCUGUGUUUUAUAUUACCACUAUAUUACAACUUUAUAACGUUUAGAAAACAUAUCCAGGCUGAUAUCAACAAAAGAGCUGAAGCUGAAACUUCCAAUUUUGGAAUUUCUGUGUGUUCCAUGCAUAACAGUAACCAGAAAAUGCAGAUACAGAUCUGUGUUGAUCAGGACUAAUAUUGAAAAUGAAUGCAGAGAAAAAGCUGUGCCUCCAACAUACAUUAAAUCUACAUUAAAUCUUUGAUAAAAUAAUAAAGAAUGCCUUUUAUUGCAGCUUUUAUUUUUAGUUCAUUAUUCCUUGUAAAUGCUAAUGGUACUAGUCUUACAAAUAGAGCAUUCUUUUUCAUAAAUGAUGUUCUGUCCAGCCUGCAAACAGGAAUGUCAUCUCAAGAAAAUGCACAGAAGGGCAGGGGAAGACCAAGGACUGCAAAUGAAAACAGAGUUUAAUAAAGGACAGCUGUUUACUUGACCAGAAUAGAGAAGGUAGCAGAUUUAUUUUGUAAAUUCAGGCUGGACGAAGAUUUACUAGAAAAAGAUAAAAAUCUUUGUUCUGCUACAGAUCAUGAAAUUAACUGCAGAUACUUGUAAAAGCUGUUUUUGUAAAGGCUUUUGAUUAUUAAUAGUUAUACUGACUCAUAACAGCAACGUUGCAGUGCUUACUAAGGUAAUCUCACUUCUGGUACAAUAACUUUCACCAAUGAUGUGCUUUUUCCUUAAAGGAAGGCGGAGUUACGAGUUAGUGUCUGGGCCAUAAAUAAGAGGUUCCUAUGUCAGGGAAAUUAGAAGUCAGUUAACAUAAGCGUAUACUCAGACUGAGCAUUAGAGGGCUUUUCUAAACCACCCAAGUCUGCUGAAAUUGAAGACGCAGAAGAAAUCAGAUAGUCUGUAGGAAGUUUAGAUAUAAAAUCAACAGUAAGAAAGCAUUUUCUCUUGGCAGACCGAUUAGCUGUGCUUAAGGCAGCAUGAAUCCUGUACUUAGUACCUUGUUGUUUUCAGUGCUUCUGCUGCUGACCCACAGAAUUCAGGAGCUGGUGGAGGCGUGCAGCUGUGCCCCUGCUCAUCCGCAGCAGCUCAUCUGCGAUUCUGCUUUAGUGAUUCGAGCAAAAAUAUCCAGUGAAAAAGUGGUUCCUGCCAGUGAUGAUCCUCUCGAUACCCACAAAAUGAUCCGGUAUGAAAUCAAACAAAUAAAGAUGUUUAAAGGAUUUGAAAAGCUCAAGGAUGUCCAGUAUGUCUAUACUCCCUUUGAUUCAUCACUCUGUGGAGUGAAACUAGAAGCAAACAACAAAAAACAGUACCUUUUGACAGGCCAGAUUUUAAAUGAUGGUAAAGUCCUCAUCCAUUUAUGCAACUACAUUGAACCAUGGGAUGAUUUAUCCUUGUCUCAAAAGAAGAGUCUUAAUCAGAGAUAUCAAAUGGGCUGUGGCUGCAAAAUUACUACCUGCUACAUGGUGCCCUGCUCAAUCACUGCACCAAAUGAGUGCCUCUGGACAGACUGGCUGAUAGAAAGAAAGCUAUAUGGGCACCAAGCCAAGCAUUACGCCUGUAUCAAGAGAAGUGAUGGCACUUGCAGCUGGUACCGAGGUGGCCCUCCCCCAGAGAAAGAGUUUAUUGACAUCAGCGAACCUUAAAGUGAUCACUUCCUAAAAAGCCUUGGAGUCUAAUUCCAUCAAAAAUUGCACGCUCACAGCUUUGAACUGCUAUCGUCUAAUGUAUCCAUUGCUUAGAAACAAAAACAAAUUGUCCUGUAAAGUUAAAGUAUGAGUCUUUGGAAUUGGCACUCAGGCAAGAAGAGGAACAAACCUCCCUGGAGAUAGCUAUUCCUUAAGUCCUGCUUUGUACAGAGAGGCUCAAACUGAGAAUGCUGCUCUGUGUUUUAUAAGGCAUAACAAGUUUCCUUUUUUUACCAAUAUGAAUGUAUGAGAACAUAAGAAUGGUCAGAAAUCUGUCCCUAUUUCUGCUAACCUACAGAUCGAAAAAGCUCCACAUUUUAUUUCAAAUCAUUCUGAUGAAUUAAUGAAUGUUUUAUAGAACUAUUUUUUUUUCCCAUAUGAAAGUCUUCUGAUACAAAAGAAUUAUUGUACAGUGUAUAUGUAAAGUAUUUUAACAAUCUGCUAUAAAAGAUUCAGAAAUCCCUGUUUUUUCCUUACCUUUUGAAACAAGUUGAACACUUCUGUGAUUAAAACAAUCUCUACUUCACAUUUUGUUUGUUAAUUAUGUCACAGGUUUCUUUAACUAACGAGUUGUAACAUUCAUUGAUAAUUCAGUUAAAACACAAACUCGAUAAUCAAAAUCUCAAUAUCCAACUCAAUAUUCUACAAGGUAUAGCUAGUCCAUAGGAAAGUAAAGGCAGAUGUUCUAAUGCUUCAGCAUUUUAUGGAAUCAACACAAAUAACAACAGGUGAAAACUGCUUACCCGUUUACAGAAAUCACGUCCAUCAUCACUGCAGCUGUACUAAUUAAUAGUGCCUCUCUAAUUACAUGACUAGAACAAUUUAUUUCAGCACUGUUAAAGCCUUGGCUUCAGAAACUCACAUAAAAGUAAAUGCACAAGAUAUUUAAUAACUUACACUGCAAGAGAUUUCUAAAAAGCUCUCAAAUAUUUGAGCAUAUUUAAUUAUAAAUCAAAUUUACAUUAAUAAUUUCGCAUUCAUGAAUGCUCAUUGUAAUUUGUCAUAAUGAGUUGUCAACUUGUGAACUUAUCCUAGAGUUACAGCAGUUUGCCUUCAAUUUUUUUUUAGGGCUUUAACUAUUAAGAAUUGAUUACUGUAGUUAGUAGCCAGUCUCACACAUAUAUAAGUUUACAAAAGCAUCUCAAUUCACAGUGGUAAAACUGCAGAAGUUAUCUCAUUCAGAGCCAAAGUUUAGACCACUGUUAAAGUAGUGCUCAUGUUCUAGAAACUGGAUGAGAACCAUGAUCCAAGUUAUGGGUCCUAUGUUUUAAUCUAAUUUUCUUUAUUGGGUUUCUUGAAAAUCAUUCCAAUUUUGCCUAUGGAUUACUCUCUCAUAUUACUCACAUAGAAAUUUAGAACUGCAAACGUUGCAAAACCAACAGGAACACUCAGCAUUAUUCCUUUGGGGAGAGUUGCCUAUGUCCCUUAGUAGGGACAUAAAUGUUGCCUGUCAUUUUUAUUUACAGUCCUAAGCUAAAACAUCAUACAUUUGUGUGCCAAAUACAACUCCAAUUUAGUUUUCUGUUUUGCUGAAGACGAACAAAAAAUUACCAGUUGGGCAGUUUUGGCCAUUGACACACAUGUGUGCACACAACUACUUACCUGAAGGAAAUAUGAAGGCCACUUUUCUUCCAACUGAUAUUGCAAAGACAACAUUGGCAGUGCUAAUUGCUGCUAGUGCUGUGCAUUUAUAUUAACAGUUCACAGACAGAUUGAAAAAAAGAAAAAAACAGCAACAAAAAAGCCAGGCAUAAAUUCCUCCUGUCAAGCCAAAACAAUUCAUAGACAAGUCUGCAAAAGCUUGAUAACGAUACAAAGUCCAAAUCAAGCACAUGGCUAGUUAAUAUUUCACACAUGGACAACAUAGCAUUUGUUUCCUAAAGUAUUUUGAUGUAAUGGUGCAUUUUGAAUAUCACUCAGCAGAAAACAGAUAUUUUCUGCUUUUAAAUGAAACAUAGUUCUGUCUCUUUUUCAGUUUUAUAAUAAGUAGACCUUAAAACUGAACUAACCAAACUCUCAUUUCUUCUUUGUAGACAUUGUAAAAAUAAAUGUUUUCUUCAGUAUUUAUGAACAAACUAUAACAUGAAUUGUAUGUUAUAAUGAGUUUUUAAAAUGUUUUAUAUUUGAUCUGCCAUAAAGUGUCCAAUAUGAAGUGUUUCAAAAUUAUUGGCUGUCCAGUUUGAUUUCUGUCUGAACUCAAAUCUUGCCAAACUUUCCAUAAUGGAUGAUAAAAAAGAUGG